ACUUGAUUUUGAAGUAUAAUUAAUGGUUCCAAACCGUGGUCAUGAAGACUCUGGUAUUGUUAGCAGCUUGCACAGCAUUAUGCGCUGGUAGCGCCAUCCCCCUGGUCCCUGGAGACAAUAGCCACUAUGUGGAGGGGGAGAGUCGCUACAUCUGGAUGCCUGAUGGUGAAGGAGUGCCACACUUAGUGGAUCUGCACGAACCUGUGGAUGAAGCAGAUGUUGACCCCCGAAAUGGUGCUAACAACCAGUACUGGUUAUUUACCAGGCAAAACCCUAAUAAUGCUCAAGUAAUCGUCAAUGGUAACGUCAACUCUAUCCGGAACUCCAAUUACCGGGCCAACCGCGGGCUUGUGGUGCUCGUACACGGAUGGAGAGGCAACGGAAACUCUGCGAUGAACCCGCUUAUUCGGUCUGCAUUCCUCGACACUCAGGACGUUAAUGUUAUCGUUGUGGACUGGCGUGGUGUUGCUGGUAACUUAAACUACAGUGCUGCUGCUAGAGGUGUCCCUAGUGUCGGCCAGUUCCUCGGUAACUUCCUCGUGUGGCUGAUCAACAACGGAGGCGGCAACUGGAACAAUGUCCACUUGAUUGGCUUCAGUUUGGGAGCUCACGUCGUCGGUAACGCUGGACGUACGGCUGGUCGCCGUCCCCGCCGUAUCACAGGUUUGGAUCCUGCUGGGCCUGAAUGGGGUGGAAAUUCAAAUGCUUUGAGAAGCAAUGAUGGUGUUUACGUUGAAGCGAUUCACACAAAUGGGGGACGUCUCGGUAUCUUUGACCGAGUUGCUAGGGCUGACUUCUACCCCAACGGAGGCCGGACUCAGCCUGGAUGCGGAGUAAACCAUGACUGUUCACACGGCAGAGCACCUGACCUGUUUGCGUCCAGUGUACGUAAUAACCGCUUUAUUGGAAGACACUGCAACAAUGAUUGGAAUUUGCUUGCGGCAAAUAGGUGCAGUGGAAAUAGUUUGAACAUGGGCAACGGUGUUUUUGCGAAAAACGGCGCAGAAGGAUUCUACGGUCUUGUCACCAACGCGAAUUGGCCUUUCCACCAAUAAUACAACUAUUAUUUAAUAUUUGAUUGAAUAUUAAAUUAAUAAUCAUUUUGUACAUGGCUGCUUUACGGAAACGUUUUAAUAAAAUAUUGACAUUAUCAA